AUGUCUCCCUCCGCAAUUGAAGACCAUAGCAGCACGGCCAACAUAUCAUCCUCAAUCCACACAAUACCCCUCAUUAUCAAUAAUGAACCCUAUUAUUCCUCCAACACCUUUUCUGUCUAUUCUCCAACCGAUAAUUCACACCUCCACAACUGCGUAUCAGCAUCUGCAUCUGAUAUUGAUCUCGCCCUCAAUACAGCUCAAGCCGCUUACCCAGCAUGGCGUACUUUACCGCCACCUCAAAAACGUGACAUUUUUCUCCGAGCAGCCGAAAUUUUACUCGAGCGAAAGUCUCUCCUCGAGGAAAUAAUGCAUAAAGAAACCGGCGCCGAAGCCAUCUGGGCCGAGUUCAACACCCAUACUUCUCGAGAAGGUCUAUUAGAUGUUGCUGGCCGUCUGAAUUCUAUCGUGGGUAGUAUCCCCAUGACAUCCGAAGAAGGUCGUAGUGCGCUUGUGUACAAAGAACCCUAUGGGGUCAUUCUCGGUGCAGCACCUUGGAACGCUCCUUACAUUCUCGGUUUCCGAAGUGUCAUGAAUGCGCUAGCAGUAGGCAAUUGUGCAAUUCUCAAGGCAUCUGAAUUUUCACCCAUGUGUAGUUGGCAAAUCUGUGAUAUUUUCCACAAAGCUGGGCUGCCAAAAGGAGUCCUGAACCUCGUGGCUAUCUCGGUUGAAGAUGCUCCGGCGAGAACUGCACAAUUGAUCGAGAGUCCUAUUAUCAAGAAGAUCAAUUUUACCGGUAGCACGAGGGUAGGCAAGAUUUAUGGGGAAUUGGCGGGGAAGAAUCUUAAGCCCAUAGUGCUAGAAUUGGGAGGAAAAGCUAGCGUGAUCGUGUGGGAAGAUGCAGAUUUGAAAUUGGCGGCCACGGAGUGUGCAAAGGGAGCUUUCUUGCAUUCGGGUCAAAUUUGUAUGAGUACAGAAAGAGUUCUUGUUCACAAAAAUGUUGCAGCGGAGUUUGAACAGGCAUUCGCAGCCGCCACAGCAGAAAUGUUCUCAUCACCAGGGACCCUCAUCAACCCCCAAGGAGUCUCCAGAAACGCAUCCUUAAUCACCGAUUCCCUAUCCAAAGGCGGCUCUAUUCUCCACGGCACAGCACCAUCCGAAAAUUCACCACCCACGACCAAAAUGGCCGCAGUAAUCCUCAAAUCCGUCACGCCCUCCAUGACCAUCUACCGCGAAGAAUCCUUCGGCCCAACCGUCUCCAUAAUCGAGAUCUCGACCGAAGAAGAAGCGAUCCGCAUAUCAAACGAUACGGACUAUGGACUCUCAGCCGGCAUCUACACACGCGAUUUACAGAGGGGUUUGAGGAUGGCGAAGGCCAUUGAGAGCGGUGCCGUGCAUAUUAAUGGCCAUAAUGGGAGUAUACAUGAUGAACCGUGUUUACCGCAUGGAGGGAUGAAGAAUAGUGGAUUUGGACGGUUUGGGGCGAGUGGGUUGGAGGAGUGGGUGAGGACGAAGACGGUGACGUUUAUGGAUUAG